CCUUGCCGCCCAGAUACCAUCCACCAUUUGUCCGUCGCCAGUAGCCACAUUAUCCGUCGCCAGAGCCCAGCGAGAGAGACAGAGUACUACACUCCACACGCCGCCCUUUCCAUUUCGCUCUGCUCUCCCGCCUCGUCCCGUCGCUGAGUUCCCGUCGGCUCGUCCGGGAAGAGCAGUUCGCCGCCGUUGAAGCGCCCUCCCCGGUCGCUCGCCGCCAUGAAGAAGGUUGUGCUCAAGCUGGAUGUGCACGACGACAGGCACAAGGCCAAGGCGCUAAAGGCCGUCUCCGGCCUCCACGGCAUCGACCAGCUGGGCGUGGACAUCAAGGACCAGAAGAUGACCAUCGUGGGCACCGUCGACCCCGUCGCCGUCGUCGGCAAGCUGCGCAAGCUCUUCCCCGCCGUGCAGAUCCUCUCCGUCGGCCCGGCCAAGGAGGAGAAGAAGGACGACAAGAAGGACGGCGGCGGGGACAAGAAGCCCGCCGGAGACAAGAAAGAGGGCGACAAGAUGGACGGCGACAAGAAGCAGCAGGAGGCGAAGCCGGCCAUGUCCGUGUACCCGCCCUACGGCUACGCGCACUACGGGUACCCGCCGCCGCCUCCGCCGCGCUACGUCGUCCACAGCGCCGAGGAGGACCCCAACUCGUGCGUCAUCUGCUGAUCGCCGCCGGCGCCCACCCCCGUUCUACAUUUCGUCGCCGUCCUGCCUGUCUUCCUCUGCUGCCGGUGGUUGGUGGGCGCUGCAGGGAUCGACGGCGUCGUUUAUACACUUAGAUAUACAGUACGUAUGACCGUGUAAUUACCGGUUGCAUCGGCAGCUGCUGUUUGGCUUGUUUUUGGAACGGAGAGAUGCAGUAGUAGCACAUGCAUCUGCUGAUCAGUUUGUAGAGCGCAUACACGAGAGUGAGAAGAACUAUACAGAUGUACGUACGUGCCACUUUUGACAGUAUAAUUCGAUUUGAGAAUAUUAGUAUAUUACUGCCGAGCUGGUCUGAAAA